UCGCUUGACGUUGUUUUUGUUAUUGUGGCAGAAUAGCAGCGAUUUACUUAAUUGCUAUAUAUAUAUAAUCUAAUAUAUAGCUAAACACGAUUCUGGUGAUUUUGGCCGAGGAUGAGGAGAUGUGCUCCAUGAGGUGCUUGUGAUAUAUGUACAAGGAUUGUGCGUGAUUUAAUUGGAUUUCCCGAGUGGACAAGAUGUGGAAACUGCUGCAAUGCACGGGAAAUGCAGUUGCGAGGCGCAUUUCCCCCGCCACUCACAACCUGGAUGCAGUGCAUCUCAGGUGCGUUGGCUCGGGUCAGGUGUCCACCGCCGAUCCCGCCGAUGAGCAAGUGCUGCGCAAGCGAAAGUUCCAGCCGCAAAAGGCGGCCGAUCUCAGCGAGGAGUUGGCCGGCCAGCUGCCCACCAAAUCGCGGGUGGUGAUCUGUGGCGGUGGCAUAACCGGCGCCUCGGUGGCCUAUCACCUGGGCCUGAGUGGCUGGGGCGGCGAAACCCUGCUCGUGGAACAGGAUCGCGUCGGCGGCGAGCUGCCGUGGACCGCCUGCGGACUGGCCGGCCGCUUUGAGCCCAGCUACACGGAACUCAAGCUGGCCGAGUACUCCAUCGAUCUGAUCAAGCGACUGACGGAGAGCGGUCUGCCCACCGGCUGGCGGCCAGUGGGCAGUCUCAACUUGGCCCGCAGCUGGGACCGCAUGACCGCCUUCAAUCGCAUGAAAUCGCAGGCUUUGGCCUGGGGCAUGCGCUGCGAAAUCCUCUCCCCUGAACAGUGUGGCCAGCACUGUGAGCUGCUGUCGCUGGACGGCAUCCAGGGUGGCCUGUGGAUACCCGAAGACGGUGUCUGUGAUCCCCAGCUCGUGUGCCAGGCCUACAUGACCGAGGCGGAGCGGCUGGGUGUGCGCAUCGUGGAGCAUUGUGCCAUCAAGAAGAUCCACAGCGAGCACGGCAAGGUGCGGGGUGUGGCGACCACCGCUGGCGAUGUGGAAUGCGAGUACUUUGUCAACUGCACCGGCUUCUGGGCACGCGAGGUGGGCACUCUGUCCAAGCCGGUGGUCAAGGUGCCCUUGAAGGCGGUGGAACAUCACUAUCUGCACACCAGACCCAUCGAGGGCCUCAGUCCGGAUACGCCCUUUGUGAGGGACUUCGACGGCAGGAUCUUCUUUCGGGAGUGCGAGGGCCACAUCCUGGCCGGUGGCUUCGAACGUGAGGCCAAGAUGGUCUACGAGGAUGGAGUGAUACCGCUCUCGCAGACAGCCCGCCAGCAUCCGCCGGACUGGGAUCACUUCCAUGAGCUGCUGGACGCCCUGCUGCUGAGGGUGCCCGCCUUCCGGGAGGCCACCUUGGACCGGCUGACCAACUCGCUGCAGGUCUUCUCACCCGACUGCAAAUGGAUACUCGGCGAGGCACCCGAAAUCCAGAACUACUAUGUGGCCGCUGGCAACAAGACCAUGGGCGUUUCGGCAUCCGGCGGCAUUGGCCGCGUGCUCACCGAUCUGAUCACCAAGGGCUCCACCUACUUGGACCUGCACAUCCUGGACAUCAGUCGCUUCCUGGGGCUGCACAACAAUCGCAAGUUCCUGCGCGACCGCUGCAAGGAGGCGCCGGGCAAGCACUUCGAGAUCAACUACCCAUUCGAGGAGUUCCAGACGGGCAGGAACCUGCGCAUGUCGCCCAUCUAUCCGCAGCUCAAGGCGGCGGGCGCCGUCUUUGGCCAGUCGAUGGGCUACGAGCGGCCCAACUACUUCGAUCAGCAGGACAAACAGGAUGAGUUUGGACUGCCGCGCUUCCGGAUUGCCCAAACGCGGACCUUUGGCAAGCCGCCGUGGUUCGAUCACGUGGCAUCCGAGUAUCGGGCGUGCAGGGAGCGCAUUGGGAUCGCCGACUACAGCUCCUUCACGAAGUACGACUUCUGGUCGAAGGGCAACGAGGUGGUGGACCUACUGCAGUACCUCUGCUCAAAUGACGUCGAUGUGGCCGUGGGCUCCAUCAUCCACACGGGCAUGCAGAAUCCCAAUGGUGGCUACGAGAACGACUGCUCCUUGGCACGCCUCUCCGAGCGACAUUACAUGAUGAUUGCACCAACCAUCCAGCAAACGCGCUCCAUGUGCUGGAUACGAAAACAUAUGCCGGAUCAUUUGAGGGCCAAGGUGAACGUGGCGGAUGUGACCUCCAUGUACACGGCCAUCUGCAUCCUGGGACCCUAUUCGCGCAUCCUGCUCUCCGAGCUCACCGACACCGAUCUCACGCCAAAGAGCUUCCCCUUCUUUACGUAUAAGGAACUGGACGUGGGCUUGGCCGACGGCAUCCGAGUGCUGAACAUCACCCAUACGGGUGAGCUGGGCUAUGUCCUCUAUAUUCCCAACGAAUAUGCUCUGCAUGUGUACUCGCGACUCUAUCAGGCUGGCCACAAGUUCAACAUACAGCAUGCGGGCUACUACGCUACCCGAGCCCUGCGCAUUGAGAAGUUCUAUGCGUUUUGGGGCCAGGAUUUGGACACCUUUACCACGCCGCUGGAGUGCGGACGCAGUUGGCGCGUCAAGUUCAAUAAACCCAUCGACUUUAUUGGCCGCAAUGCGUUGCUGAAACAGCGCGAGGAGGGCGUUAAGCGGAUGUAUGUACAGCUGCUGCUGAACGACCAUGACCACGAGGUGGACAUGUGGUGCUGGGGCGGGGAGCCCAUCUAUCGCGACGGCGUCUAUGUGGGCAUGACCACCACCACCGGCUAUGGCUAUACGUUCGAGAAGCAGGUCUGUCUCGGCUUCGUGCGCAACUUCGAUGAUGAGGGACGCGAACUGGCGGUGACCAAUGAGUACGUGCUGUCCGGCCACUAUGAGGUGGAGGUGGCUGGCGUGCGGUUCGAGGCCAAGGUCAAUCUGCAUUCGCCCAACCUGCCCACCAAGUUCCCGGAUCGCGAACGCGAAGCCUAUCAUGCCACUCGCGACAAGCCGGAUCAGGCCGAUCUCCUCUCAUUUGGCGCUCACUUGACCAAAGUCACCGGCACCGGAACGCCAACGGAGGACCUUUAAGGGUUACUCUUCCCCUUCCCCUUUCCCUUACCGUUCCCCUUACCGUUCCUGCGCUCCUGACCAACGUCAUCUGCCACAAGGCUGUGCCAAGCAAAGAUUUCUAGUUAACACUCGAGAGUCUCAAAAGCAAAGCGAUAUUAUUCGGUUUAGUACGUUAGCGAGUCGAGCGAAUAUUAGAGGGGCAAAUAUGGUUGAUAGCACAACCGAAGGCAAUCAUUAUCAAAUCUAAUUUCCUUUAUCCAUUAUGAGGCAUUAAAAUCAGUUUAUCAGUCAACAACAUUACUUUUAGAGAAGAUCCAGAAUUUAAGCUACCAAAAAUCCAUACCAAAUUUUAUAUGAAACAAUUUUCUUUUGGAAGAGUUUUGUUAGCUUAAAUACUGACCCUUAAAAUUUAACAAAAUAACACUUGAUUUCGUGUUCCACAUUCAUAAGAAAAAUGAUGUUUUGUACUGGUUAUUAAAAAAAAGUUAAAAUUUGGUGAGAUAUUGUUAUGAGUAAGAAAACUUUUAGCUUGCUCAAUCACUAGAUUAGAUAAACAGGAUUUUCUUGGUUUUUCUUUGUCGAUUUCAGUUUUUACAAAAUUUAAUUAAAAGCUUAAAAAAAACAUCGAAUUGGUAUUUAUAAAAAUCCAAGAAAAUCGCCAUUUAUAUAUUGUUCUCUUGAGAGUUUCGGUUUUGUUGUGUCAAUUAAACAAAUACAAUAAGCUACAAAAUGCGGUUCUAUGUCCGUUCUAUAUAUCUAAGAAACAUCCGUGAUAUUGGAAUAAUUGAAGAAUGUUUUGCACAUUGUUACAAGAAAGAAAAAACGGCACAAGAAUUGUUAAAAUUUUUGCUCAAAGCUGGCUUUGCAACUAAUUGGAGUACCAAUUAAAAAGGGAUUAAUAAAAAUUUAUAUAAGCAAAAUAUUAGGAAAAGUUUUUGAGACAGUUUUGAGUAAUUUUUUUUUUGUUUUUUUUUACUAACCCAGACAAUUGACUUUGUAAAUUAUAUGGUGUGUAAAAUGUAUAAGCCACAUACAACACACACACACACAUACAGCAUAUUAUAAAUCCUAUUGUACUAUAUACAUUUAUAGAAAUAUAUUUACUGUUUACAAAA